AUGGGUUUCAAGAGGAAGAAGGUUGAUGGUGAGGGUGAGGAAAUGGAAGCUGAAGGUCGCGGAAAACCCAGUUUUAACGGGACGGAGAAGAGGAACGUGAUACUUCCUUCGAUGAUUAAGAACAAAGAUAAGAGAUCUAAAGUAUACGCGAAGCAGAAGUACGAGAAGAAAUUGGAGAAGCAGAAGAAGAUCAAGGCUCGUGAUGCCGCCGAGAAGCGAGCUCUAGAGCUUGGCGAAGAGCCUCCACAAAAGAUGAUUCCGCGAACAAUUGAGAAUACUAGAGAAUCUGAUGAGACUGUUUGCAGACCUGACGACGAAGAACUGUUUGCUGACAUCGAUGCUGAUGAAUUUAACCCAGUCCUGAGACGUGAGAUUACACCUAAGGUCUUGAUCACAACAUGUCGUUUCAAUUCCACUAGAGGACCUGCAUUUAUAUCUGAGAUGCUCUCGGUGAUACCAAACUCUGAAUAUCGGAAAAGAGGAACUUAUGAUUUGAAAAAGAUUGUAGAAUACGCAACGAAGAAAGAUUUUACAUCUCUUAUUGUAGUUCACACAAAUCGAAGAGAACCUGAUGCGCUCCUUAUCAUCGGUUUACCAACUGGUCCAACCGCUCAUUUCAAAUUGUCAAAUCUUGUUCUUAGAAAGGAUAUUAAGAAUCAUGGAAACCCGACAAGCCAUGAACCGGAACUGGUUUUGAAUAACUUUACAACUCGUUUAGGGAACCGUGUUGGGAGGUUUUUUCAGUCACUCUUUCCUCAAGAACCUAACUUCCGUGGUAGGAGAGUUGUAACAUUCCACAACCAGCGAGACUUUAUAUUCUUCAGACAUCAUCGUUACAUAUUCGAGGCAAAGGAAAACAAAAGUAGUACGAAAGAACAAGAUGGUGUUGCUCGAGAGAAAGUAAAAGCUCGUCUUCAGGAAUGUGGUCCUCGGUUCACGCUUAAGCUAGUUUCUUUACAACAUGGAACCUUUGACACCAAAGGCGGAGAAUUUGAAUGGGUUCAUAAGCCUGAAAUGGACACGAGCAGGAGGAGGUUCUUCUUGUGA